GGAGGUAUAACUGUGGCGGGUCGGCUGAGAGAAAAGUCCCAGUCAAUCAGAGUUAUGACGACUUCCUCGAGGGCGGGACUUUCUUCCACCCACUUAGGUGGCACUGGGGAAGACGCUGCGAGUCUGAUUGUGUAGCUGCUUCGCACAGACGGAGACAAGAGCAAGAUUUGAUUUGAUCUGCGGUUCAUUAGCCUUCUCAUUUAAAAGCUGUGGUCUCCCCCUUAAACUACCAGAAAGAGCUCUGGAGUAUGUGUCUGUAUGGAAUUUUGUGUCCAUCACUCUCAGACCUCAUGCAACAAGGAGCAGCACACUUAUUAGAAGAGCAACAAAGACAGACUUCAAGGAAAAGCCGCAGAGUGUAGAGACCCACUGGAGUGCUCACUUGAGGCACCUCUUUACUCUUCCCACUAAAUACACUUAUAUUUUUAUCAGCGAAAUGGCUCUGAAGAGCAAUUUUUAAAAUUAAUUUUAUAUUCUGCAAUUGCAGUAUUUACAACACAUGUAACUGAAAAAAAGCAGUUAUCGUUGCUGUGAAGACUUACCUGCUGACCUAACCAUGUCUGAUACGGAAACCCUACCUGUGCCCACCUCUGGGUCUGAACUGGUGCCCCAUUUACUGUCUAUGGGAAAGAAGCUGCUGCUUCUGUUGCCCAUAUACUUAUGUGGUUACUUUGGGAUGAGCAUAUUUUUUGUUAUUGCUGGCCUGUUUUUGUACCUGGGCUGGAAGGGUUCUCGUGAAAACAAGUUGAGCAGAUUGAAGUCUGCUCAGGAGGCACUGGAGAAAGAAGUAGCCGUCACUGCUAGCACCAUGUUCAUGAACAAGAGCGAAUUACCAUCUUGGGUCUCUUUCCCUGACACGGAGAAGGCAGAAUUCCUCAACAAGAUGGUGGCACAGAUGUGGCCUUUUAUAGGACAGUAUUUGGAGAAGUUGCUCACAGAUAGUAUAGCACCCACAAUCCGUGCCAGCAAUCCACAUCUAUCAACAUUCUACUUCACAAAGAUCAAUCUUGGCGAGAAGGCUCCAAAAGUGACUGGAGUGAAAGUUCAUACAGAAUUUGACAAGAAGCAGAUAAUCCUGGAUUUGCACCUCAGUUAUGUUGGUGACAUAGAAGUAAAUGUAGAAGUAAAGAAAUAUUUCUGCAAAGCUGGAAUUAAGGGGAUGCAGCUGCACGGGAUGCUCCGUGUUAUCCUGGAACCACUCAUUGGUGACGUUCCUAUUAUUGGAGCCAUAACAUUAUUCUUCAUCCGUCGACCGGUCCUAGACAUCAAUUGGACUGGACUUACAAAUCUGCUGGACAUCCCGGGACUUAAUGUGAUGUCUGACACAAUGGUUAUGGAUAUUAUCUCUGGCUUCUUGGUUCUACCAAAUCGUCUUGCCAUCCCUUUAACCAGUAAUCUUCAUGUGGCAGAACUACGCUCCCCACUACCCAGGGGCAUUGUCCGUAUUCAUCUUUUGGAAGCUCGGGACCUGAGUGCCAAGGAUCUCCAACUGAAAGGACUAUUCGCUGGAAAAUCAGAUCCAUAUGCCAUAGUGCGCGUAGGGACACAGGUUUUUAACAGUCAGGUCAUUAAUGAGAACUUGAAUCCUGUCUGGAAUGAGAUGUAUGAGGUAAUUGUGCAUGAGGUUCCUGGGCAAGAGCUAGAAGUGGAACUUUUUGACAAGGAUCCUGACCAGGAUGACUUUUUGGGCAGAAUGAAGUUAGAUCUGGGUGAGGUGAAGCAACAUGGUUCUCUGGACAAGUGGUUCACCUUAAGCGAUACAAAAUCAGGGAAACUACACCUCAGACUGGAAUGGCUCACACUUAUGUCUAAUGCUUCACAACUUAAAAAGAUAUUGGAGAUCAACCAAGCGAUAACUGCUAAAACACAAGAAGAACCCUCUGCAGCAAUCCUGAUCGUUUAUCUAGACCGGGCACAGGACCUUCCUCUUAAGAAGAAUGUCAAGGAACCAAGCCCAAUGGUGCUACUGUCCAUUCAGGACGUGAAAAAGGAGAGCAAGACUGUGCCCAGCAGUAGCUCUCCUGUUUGGGAAGAACCAUUCCGCUUCUUCUUACGUGAUCCAAACAUUCAAGACCUUAAUAUUGAAGUAAAGGAUGAUGACCGUCAGCACAGUCUGGGCUCUUUGUCAGUACCUCUGUCCCGCCUCCUGUCUGCAGAUAAUCUUACAUUAGACCAGUGGUUUCAGCUGGAGAACUCUGGAUCUAGAAGUCGAAUCUACAUGAAAUUAGUCAUGCGGAUACUGUAUCUUGACCCAGUAAGCACCCUUAUGACUGCAGAUCCGGAGAGCAUAAUUGCCGAUGAAGCUGGAUCUAGCGUGGAUAAUCCCCCAAGACCAAGUCAUACUACAAUUCCUGAGAAGUUUGCUACAGAAAACCUGCUUCGAAUCUUCAUACUUGAAGCAGAAAACUUGAUCGCCAAAGAUAACCUAAUGGGAGGUUUGGUUAAGGGCAAGUCUGACCCCUAUACCGUGAUUUCCAGUGGAGGGAAAAAAGUACGCACCCGCGUUGUGGACAAUAACCUAAAUCCGUGCUGGAAUCAAGCUUUUGAGAUACUGGUUACUGAUGUCCCAGGACAGGACAUUGUGUUUGAAGUGUUUGAUAAAGAUGUGGACAAGGAUGACUUUUUGGGAAGCUGUAAAAUUAGCGUGAAAGAUGCUGUGAAACAGAAAUUCAUCAAUGAGUGGCUGCCAUUGGAGAAAGUAAAAUCUGGGAAACUCCAUGUCAAGUUGGAAUGUCUCUCACUUGUUGCAGACUCUUCGCAGAUUGAUCAGGUACUGAUGAUGAACAGCCUGUUUCAGCCAGCUCACAGUGAUAACUUUUCUGCAGCUAUUCUCUAUGUUUUUAUAGAAAGAGCCAGUGGCCUGCAGAUGCGGAAAGGAGACAAAAAUCCAUCACCAAGUGCAGAAUUAAAAUUGAGGAACGAUGUAUACAAGACCAAGGUUUCUCAAAAUACCAAUACACCAGUGUGGGAGGAAAGCUUUGUGUUGCUCCUGAAAACUCCUCACAGUGAGGAACUGGAGCUUAUGAUUCGGGAUGAGGGUAAAGGCUCCCUGGGUUCCCUCACUAUACCCGUUUUGGACCUCCUGAAUAAAGAAGAUCUUACCAUGGAUGGAUGGUUCCCACUCAGUACCUCUGGAGCUAACAGUGAAGUUCUCAUUAGAUUACAGAUGAGGGUUUUGGUUUCUCCCAGCCCCCCUAAAGAAUCUGAAGUGGAUCCCUGCCAGCCUACAGUUGAAGACAGUAGCCUCAAUAAACAGUUUACAGAGGGGGAGCUCCGUCAGAGACAGCAGCUUGCAAACAGUGACAUGGAGCCCAGUGCCUCACAGUUUGGCCAGUUAUGUUUGAAGCUGUAUUACCCUGCAAAGGAUGGCAGACUGGUGGCUGUUGUAUCCAAAUGCAGAAAUCUCAGCACAUCUGCCAAGGAGCCGCCAGAUCCUUACCUUUCAUUCCUUUUGCUUCCGGACAAAUCUCGAUCAACGAAAAGAAAAACCAGUGUGAAGAAACGCACCCACAAUCCUGAGUACAACGAAAAAAUUGAAUGGGAAAUGUCACUGGAAGAGGCCCGGAAAAGGAAACUUGAGAUAUCCGUAAAAAACAGUGUGUCGUUUAUGUCAAGGGAGAAGGAGCUGCUUGGAAAGGUCCUGAUUGACCUCUCUGAUGCUGACCUAGCAACAGGACAGAAUGGAUGGUAUGACGUGGAACCCGAAAUAACUAGCGCCUGAUUUGAUUCCGUGAGAAGAAACCAUUUUUGAGGGAGAGCUCCCAGGCAAUGCUACUGCCCUAUCCAGUCAAUUUCUAGAAGCUGAGGAAGGACGACCACAGGACCUGCUUUAUUGUGCAUUUAAUCAAAACUUUCUAACAGAAUGAACUUCGUGAUAAUCUGAAAUUUAUACAGAUAUCUGGGAAGAAUCCAGGCACAGCCUAUAAUUAAGCACUGCCUCUUAUGCCUCAUCAUGAACCUGUCCAAAGGCAACUUAUUUGUAGUUGUUGCUUCUUAGUAUAAAUAAUGGCUAUUACACACUGUUUAGAAAUAUUUUUAAAACGUUUUUGUAUUGCUGAUUCAGUUAUAUAGAAAUGCUUAAUGGAUAACCAUCCAUCACACAUAAAUACUUUCAUGCUGCUUCACCACAAUACCAAAUCAGUAUUUUUUACUCUGCGCAUCCCUUGUCCAUUUUGUGACCUGCAGGAAUUAAGUACAUAUUGGGCUCAAUAUACACAAAUCCUGAGUACAAGGAGUGCCCCUGCUAAACAUUUUAGUUUGUAGCAUUUUUAAAGCUUUUUGUUUACAUAUUUUAAGCAUUUUGUAGUUUUGUUUUUUUAAUACUUUCUGUGGCAAUUUGUCAUUUUAUAUUUAAAAAGCAGCUUUGAUUCCGCAAUUAUGGCAGCUGCAAGCUCAUGACAGACAUGGCUGGAGGCAAUCUUCAUGUUGGAAGUACAAUCAUUCCUAUAUAGUAAAAGUGUGAAACAUUCCUAAAGCAUGUUUAUAAAGAGUAGCUCUUCACACCUGUUUCUGGCUCUCUUCACUAUGUUAAGAUGUGUGGGAAGCAGUUUCAUGUGUAGCAUUCU